AUGAAAUUCCCCACCGCCGUCGCUACCCUCCUCUCCCUCGCCCUUCCCCUGACCACGACCGCCUGGUCAGUAACAUCGGGCUACUGGGCCGGCUCGGAAACCGACUAUUGCACCCCUGCGGCCCUGUCGAAAGGACAAGACAUCACCGUCAGCGACCUACCACCAAAGCAGAGAGUAUUCUUCUUCUCAGACGACGAAUGCGAAGACCUCGAGUUCUCCGUCACAGAGUCUGGAUCGCUAGAAUUAGAGCAUGACAUUGGAAGCUUCCAGGUUCUGGACUUUGAAAACGGGGCUGGUGAGGGGGAUGAUUUGAAAUAA